GAAGCUCCGCUGACUCAUAAACCCGUGACCGUCUCCCGGACGUGUCCCGAACAUGUCUGAGCACCACGGGCCGCCGAUAAUCCCCCGAUUUAUUCAUCUCCUGUCAAUAAUACCGUAUCAAUACCAUCGUGAAUAGUGGAUCGAUCCAUUAGAAUCUAGAAAACAUAAAUAAACUGGGACAAAAAAAAUUGACUGAACUGGCUAUAUAAUUGUAGCUGUCAUAGAGGUUUUUCAGUGUCAGGAUGGCCGAGCGGUCUAAGGCGCUGCGUUCAGGUCGCAGUCUCCCCUGGAGGCGUGGGUUCGAAUCCCACUUCUGACAGUAUCUUUUUCUCAACUGUACUUUAUUCUGGUUUGUUUUGAAUUAUUUUUAAUUUAUCUGAUUUUUUCAUCCUACCUCCACGACAUUAAAGUCAAAGAGUACAUUGUUAUUUCAUCCCCCAGGGCCCUGCAGCGUUUUUACAGUGAAAAUAGCAUAGACCGUUUCACUGCUUUUUUCAAGAUGUCGACCAUUUCCGGCUAAAAACCACUAGAGAUAAUAGUUUAGAUUAUCUCUACAGAUCGUUCUGGUCUCUACAGGUGAUGUGGGUCUCUCAGCUGCUUCUGGUCUCUACAGGGCUCUCAGGUGUCUCCAGAUUUCUACAAGUCUUUCAGGUCUCCACAGGUCUUUCAGGUGUCUCCAGGUGAUGCGGGUCUCUACAGGUCUCUCAGGUGUCUCCAUAUCUCUCAAGUGUCUUUGGUCUCCUACAGGUCUUUCAGGUGUCUCUGGUCUAUCAGGUCUCUUCAGUUGAUGCAGGUCAAUCAAGUCUCUCCAGGUCUCUACAGAUCUUUUGGUUCUUCCAGGAGAAUCGGGUUUCUCAGGUGUCUCAGGUCUUUCUGGUCCCUUCAGAGGAUGUGGGUCUCUCAGGUGUUUCUGGUCUCUACAGGUUGUUCUGGUCUCUGCAGGUGAUGCAGGUCUUUCUCGUCUAUCAGAUCUUUCCGGUCUCUCCAGGUGAUGUGGGUUUCUCAGGUGUCUCCAGGUCUCCACAGGUCUCUGUGGUCUCUCUUGUCCCUCCAGGUAAUGUGGGUCUGUCUGGUCUCUACACGUCUCUGUGGUCUCACAGAUCUCUCAGGUGUCUCUGGUCUCCAGGUGAUGCGGGUCUCCCAGGUCUCUCCAGGUCUCUUCCUGUCCGACCUGGACUCGGCUCUAAGUCUCGGUGUGUUGACCAGCAGGAACGUGUCUCUGGUCGUUAACGCCAGCGGUCUGGAGGAGGUCUCGUAUCCGGACCUGGAGGGUCUUCAGGUCCUUCACGUUCCGGUCCAGGAUCAGCCUCAUGCCCCCCUCAGCCGGUACUUUGACCCAGUAGCUGAGCGGAUCCACCAGAACCGAAGCGGGUCGACUCUUGUCCACUGCACCGCCGGCCGGAGUCGGUCUCCAGCUCUGAUCCUGGCCUACCUGAUGAGGUUUGAAGGUCUGAACUUGCGUCAGGCUCACGAGCUGGUCCUGGAGCAGCGACCGUUCAUCCGACCCAACACCGGGUUCUGGAGGCAACUGAUGGACUACGAGAGAAGCUUGUUCGGCUGCAGCUCUGUGAGGAUGUCCAGGACGUCUGCAGGAGUUUUACCUGAAGCUCUGCAUGAACCGGAUGCUGACGCUGCUGCGUACUGCGUCAACAUCUGACACAUCUGUAUCCAUGCUGGACCAGAUGUAAAGAUUGACGACAUGAUGGUUUGUCUGGAAUCAGUGAACAGCCAAGUGUUCGUGGUUUUACUCAGUUUGACUCCAGCGUUGUUGGACAGAAGGUUAAGUUAUAAUAAAUAAAAUAUUUAUUUAUUGAGGAACAAACACCUGGAGCUUAAAGUGGAUCAAAAGGUUUAAACUGUUAAACAGCUCUUUAUACAGAGCAGGACGACCCUUGAAGUAAUAUAAAAUCUGAGUUUUUAAAGGAAAAGCAGCAAAGAAAUGAGAAACAUGGAGUACAAAAAAGACAAAUGAGAUUUUAUUGUGAUAGUAAAAGGAAUAAAAAGCUGGUCUCAGUACUGGAAACUUCUCUUGGUCUGGAUGUCGUCCAGAAUCUGCUGCAGCUCCUCGUCCUCAAACCGACCCUCCAGACUGAAAAAUCAGAAGAAGAAAGACGAUUCAGUCCUCAACUUUAUUCACAAAGCAACACCCAGAAACGAAAAGCUGUAAAAUGUUUAAUAAAUGUUUUUGGUAGAUCUCUGAGCUUCAGACUGACCUGGGGAUCAGAGCUUUGGCCUCUUCAGCAGCUUCAGGACAAAGAUUGGCCAAACUGGCCAACUCGAACUUAUGGAGCUUCUUCUGCAGGAGGAGACUGAAGACAGAACGAUGGGGGUCAGAUAGAAACCAGAUCACAGGACAGAAUAACGGAGAGUCAGAGCUGAAACAACAAGGAUACAGGCUAAACCCUCAUCUGUGCUACGUGUAUGUGUCUUGGUGGUCAUUUAUUGUAAUUAGUGGUUGGUUUCCUUCUUUGUGGUUCAUUGUGGUCAUUUUGGGUCUCUGUGGGGAUUUGGUGUAUCUGUAAUUGAUUGUAGUCAUUUUGGGUCUCUGUGAUCAUUUCUGGUUAUUUUGUGGCCAUUUUGAAUCUUUUAGUGCUCUUCUUGUA